AUGUUCGCACCGCCUCGUCUCGGCCGGUGCGUUGCGGCGACGUGUGUUGCUCUUGCCAUUACCGCCACCCCGGUGCUCGCGGCGGAGGCACCGGACGUCAUGAACGGCAUCGGAAUGCCAAUUCUCUUCAUUGUGAUGAUUAUGCUGAUGCUCGUUGUGUCGCGGGCGCGUUUAUUAGAAGCCUAUCGUGUGUCCCGGAAUGACACGGCGACGUGUAUAUGUUUCGUUGUAGCCCUGAUAAAUAUGUUGAUUUCCGUUUUCCUCUACUUCUCCACUGCGUACAACUACGGCCUCGUGACGACGGUGCUAGCGUAUUGCAUGGCAUUUCUGACGGAAAAUGGCUCUUACGGAUUAAAUGCCAAGUGGCUGCUGGCGGUGUACCUGGUGUGGUUUUUGUUCCUCUUAGGCUUUCCGUCUGCGUGGGGCCCUGGUAUCAUCAUUGCAACAAACAACAAUAGUUGUGUGGCUUUUUAUAGCACAUUUGCGUCGACAAUGUGCAACGAUGGCUGGCUGACCUUUAUUAAGUUUGUUGCCUGCAUUGUGGUGAGUCUCACACUGCUUUCUGUGUUGCUGAUUAUUGCUGUGGUGAUGGGUGUAGAGGAUGAUCUCCUUGAAGCUCCUCUCCUGGGUGAUGCUGAAGGUGUGCGAGGGGCAAUGGACACGGAGACUACAAAGGGUAAUGCUUCGCAAGAGACUUAUCGUCGUAUUUAG